AUGCCCUCACUCAACUACGAACAUCCGAUAUCCAUUCCCAUCGACCAAAUAAGCUCGCAGCUAUCACUCGACACACGGCUACGGGCAGGCCCGGGCUUUGGCGAUGAGAUCGAGGAUAUCAACUUGGAUCUCGACGGCGCGGCGCUUCGCAAGGCCACGAUGUGCGCGCUGGAUAACUACAGCCAGGAGGAUGACUCCGCGUUCUGGAACUUUAUCCGGGGAAAUAACACAGAGGGUAAUGACGAUAAAAACAAAAAGAACGAAGAAGCCAGGGCAGGAGAUGGCCCGAAGGGCAAGGCUGGAACUGAUAGCCGGGGCAACUCCACCAAGGUGGAGGGGACCCCGGACGAGGACGGGGACUCUAGCGAGGACCGGUCCGGUACGAAAAAUGAAUACAAUACGAGGGACUGCUCUCUCUCACGCGAACAGAGCGGCUUCGACCCCCCGUACACGGCCUUUUCACGGUUACAGCGUAGUGUGAUCUUCGCUGUGAUCAUUUUUAUCGGGUUUCUUGGCCCCAUGGCGGGGAACAUAUACAUACCUGCGCUUCCGAUCCUCGAACAAGACUUUGCCGUGUCUACGACGACCAUCAACGGGACGGUAUCGGUGUUCAUGGCCGUAUUCUCCGUGGGCCCGCUUCUCUGGGCCCUCCAUGCGGAUUUCGGCGGGAGGAAGUUGUUGUACGUCUUAUCGAUGGGAUUGAAUGUCAUAGUCAAUGUGUUACUUGCUGUCAUGCCUGCCAGGAUUGGAGCGCUAUUCGUGUUACGCGUGGUGCAGGCAUUCGCCUCGAGCUCCGCGCUAUCCUUAGGCGCCGGUACGGUAAGCGACAUCACACCGCCGAAAAACCGCGGCAAGGCAAUUGCGUACUUCAUGUUGGGCCCUAACGCUGGCCCGAUUUUGGCGCCCAUUAUUGCUGGCUUGAUCCUAUUCGAUAAUGACCGUUGGAGAUGGUUGUUUGGUUUCACUAGCAUCAUGGCCGGCAUCGGCUUCUUGCUAGUUUGCGUGUUCCUUCCAGAAACGCUUCGGUGCAUCGUGGGCAAUGGUGAUGUCAGGUGGAGACUCGCAGGAUUCGCUGAGGGACGGUUCGAUGACUACACGCGGCAACCGCGGUUGUUGCUUAUGAAGAGCUUCGGGAUCCAGCAUCCCGUCUCGACCAGUCCUGAGUUCCGCCGGCUCUAUCCUAGACCGCCAAAGCCCAGCUUGAAGACGUACUGGGAGAUCGUGAAGGAACCAAACCUCACUAUAUGCUCCCUGAGCACAGCGCUAAUGUUCGCCACCUACUAUGGGUUCAGCGUCACGUUCGCCCACUACUUGAAACUUGACUAUGGCUUCAGUAACCUUGCGAUCGGCGCGUGCUAUGCCUGUCCAGGCGUGGCCCUAAUGAUGGGCUCCCUCUUGGGCGGUCACAUUUCCGACCGCUUCCGCAGGAAGUGGGUAGCCAAGAACCCCGGCAAGACCUUCCCGAGCUACAACCGCCUCAUCUCGCAGGUGUUUGGCAUCUGCGUCAGCAUGGCCGGCUGUAUCGGGUACGGCUGGGGAAUUCAAUUUCACUAUCACAUCGCUAUCGUGCUAUUCUUUUCUUUCCUAAUGGCGUUGGGUAUGACCUGGUGCUCUAACUCCACCAUGACCUUCCUUACGGAGUCCAACCCAAAAAGAGCUGCCGGUACCAUUGCCGUAAGCAACAGCUUCCGCAAUAUCGCUGCCGCCAUCAGCUCCGCCAUUAUUUUCAAACUAUGCAACGCCAUGGGCGUUGGAUGGUGUUUUACAGGCUUGGGUCUAAUCGACUUGCUAUCCAUGUUGAGCGUCUAUUACUUGAUCCGUAAUGGGCGCGAGAUUACAAGGAUAGCUGCUGAGCUAUGA